AUAUAAACCGCAUAUUUUUUUUAUUCCUUUUUUUUAUUUUUUAUUUUUUACAUUUAUAUUUUAAUUAAAUUCAAAGAUGCCCACAAUAGGGAUAAAUGGUUUUGGGCGCAUUGGUCGUUUGGUGCUGCGCGAAGCCCUUGAUCGAAAUAUGCCAGUCGGAGCUAUCAAUGAUCCUGGGGCGAAUGUGAAGUACAUGGCUUAUUUGCUAAGAUAUGAUAGUGUGCAUGGAGUUUACAAUAAAAAAAUAUGCAUUACGAAAAAUUGUUUGAUUGUAAAUGAUGUGAAAAUAAAGAUUUUUAAUGAAAAAGAUCCAGAAAAAGUAAAAUGGUGUGAAGUUAAUGUGGACUACGUGGCAGAAUGCACUGGUAUAUUCAAGACAAAGAAAGCUGCUGAAGUGCAUUUGAAAAAUGGUGCAAAAAAGGUUAUUAUAUCUGCACCAUCCGAAGAUGCCCCAAUGUUCGUAUGCGGAGUCAAUUUGGAUAAAUACAAAAGCGAUAUUACGAUAGUUUCUAAUGCAUCAUGCACAACGAACUGUUUGGCGCCUUUGGCAAAAGUUGUUCAUGAAAACUUUGAAAUUGUUGAAGGACUUAUGACUACAGUGCAUGCAGCAACUGGAAGUCAAAAAUGUGUUGAUGGCACAGGAAAAAAUUGGCGUAGUGCACGCAGUUGCUUCGGAAAUAUUAUACCUGCUUCAACUGGCGCUGCAAAAGCUGUUGGUAAGGUUAUACCGGAACUCAAUGGAAAACUUACUGGUAUGGCCUUUCGCGUACCAUGUGCGGAUGUGUCUGUGGUUGAUUUAACAUGCCGUUUGGGAAAACCCGCUAAUAUAGAAUGUGUUAAAGAACUAAUACGUAUGGCUUCAGAAAAUGAAUUGAAAGGUAUAUUAGGCUUCGCCAAUGAUGAUGUUGUGUCCAGUGACUUUACUACAGAUAAGCGGUCCUCGAUUUUUGAUUCGAAAGCAAGUAUAGCAUUAAAUGAUUCCUUCGUGAAGUUAAUCUCUUGGUAUGAUAAUGAAUAUGGUUACUCUUGUCGGCUUCUGGAUUUAUUACAAUUUAUGGCGAAAAAAGAUGGUAACUGCUAAAGUUGUAUUUAAAUUCACAGUGUGGAAAACUAAAUAUAUUUUUUAUGCACUUAAAAAAUAUUGAUAAUAAUAAAAAUAUAUAAAAAUUCC